CAAUGGAGAAUGGCGGUCGAAUUUCGGACCCAAAUUCCGAUUGGCCUGCUAAGACGGAUUGAAAUUGAGUCGUCGAUUUCUUCGGCCAAAUUCCAUUGAAUGACCACCACUCUUCCUCUUCCUCACCUCCAUCUCCUCCUUUGUCCUCCUCGGGAUCUCUUUCUCCGGCCAAAUUCAUCUCUUUGUUUACAGGUAAGGUGAACAUUGUAUGAUAGUAUAGCAUAAAGUACGAUCAUGGCUGUUGAGGCUUUUUCCAAAACAAAGUUGAUGGCGGAAGUUGAUGAUGAUGAUGAUGAUAUGCCCUUAGUUUUCAAACGUAGUACCACAUCAAAGCAGAAUCAGUCAAAUUCAUCAUCUCAGAAGCAGGAUGGACGAUCAGGGCGGCAAGUUUCUGAUGUACGUUCUCCUAAUGGCCAGAACUCUAGUGCUCAGAAAGUUAAGGCAGGCACCUCUUCUAAGGCUUCUCCGGCAGUUUCACCUUUCACUAGUCCAAAAGCAUCACCUUCAUCAAGCAGGAUAUCUCCUGCACCAAACUCAAGGCCAUCAGCCUCUGCGGGUAAUCAGGCAAAAAAUGUUAAUCAACAAUCCAAGAUUGUUCCUAAUGAGCCAAAGCAAGCUGUUGAACCAAAAUCUGGACCUAAUGAUGAAGCUGAGGACUCUGAAGAUGAUAAACCAUUGAGUGCUAGGCUUUCUUCUGGGUUAUCUAAGAGCAUUUCUAGUCAUGCCAACAAAGUGCUUGGUACUUCAGCAUCAGUUCAAAAGUCUAGACCUCCCAAAAAAGAAGAUUCAGAUGAUGAAAUUCCCUUAGCGUCAAGGUUUCAAUUGAAGUCCAAUGCAGGGGCUUCCACGAGCAAGUCUUCUAAUUCUGAAGAAGUUAAGCCUAAAAUUCGGCAAAAUGGUUUGCCAUCUACAACAGUUUUAAGUAAGAGACCCCCUGGUGAUGUAAAGUCUGCUGCUCAGGCUUCAGUUAAAAAGCUUAGGCUUUCUGAUGCAUCUACACCUGUUUCGAUUAAGCAAGCAUCUGUUAAACCUGAAAAAAAGACAGAGGACGACGACGAUGACGUUCCUAUAUCUCAGAGAAUUAAAAAGUCAGUAGCUUCAGCUAGUAAAGUGUCAUCUACAAAGAAAGCAACCAAAGUUGUUUCGUCGUCGAUGAAAACAAAGAAGAAAUUGAAGAAAUCCAAGUACUCUAAGUCAUCGAAACUGCAGCCAAGCUCUGGUGAAGGGCAAAAAUGGACUACAUUGGUUCACAACGGUGUGAUUUUUCCGCCUUCAUAUAAGCCUCAUGGGGUUAAGAUGCUCUACAAGGGAAAACCUAUAAAUCUGACUCCAGAGCAGGAGGAGGUUGCAACAAUGUAUGCCGUGAUGUUAGACACUGAGUACAUGAGUAAACCGCAGUUCAAAGAGAAUUUCAUGAAUGACUGGAGAAAAAUACUAGGAAAAAACCAUGUCAUUCAAAAUUUAGAUGACUGUGAUUUUACCCCAAUAUAUGAGUGGCAUCAAAGUGAGAAGGAGAAGAAGAAGCAAAUGAGUACCGAAGAGAAGAAGGCAUUGAGAGAAGAGAAACUCAAGCAAGAAGAGAAGUACAUGUGGGCUAUUGUUGAUGGUGUUAAGGAGAAGGUUGGGAACUUUCGGGUUGAACCACCUGGACUGUUUCGUGGCCGUGGAGAACAUCCAAAGAUGGGAAAGCUAAAGAGACGGAUCCGGCCAAAUGAUAUUACAAUAAAUAUUGGAAAGGGUGCUCCAAUACCGGAGUGCCCCAUCCCUGGUGAAAGAUGGAAGGAAGUAAGGCAUGACAACACUGUGACAUGGUUAGCUUUCUGGAAUGACCCUAUCAAUCCAAGAGAAUUCAAAUACGUUUUCCUGGCAGCCAGUAGUUCCUUGAAAGGGCAAAGCGAUAAAGAAAAGUAUGAAAAAGCAAGGCGUUUAAAGGAUUAUAUUGAAGGCAUUAGAUCUGCAUAUACAAAGGAUUUUACAAGUAAAGAUCCUGUGAAGCGUCAGAUCGCAGUUGCAACUUAUCUUAUUGAUAAAUUAGCUCUGAGGGCAGGGAAUGAGAAGGAUGACGACGAAGCUGAUACAGUUGGUUGUUGUACUUUAAAAGUAGAGAAUGUAGAGCCAGUACCUCCAAAUAUUUUGAAGUUCGAUUUUCUUGGUAAAGAUUCUAUCAGGUAUCAAAAUGAGGUGGCUGUGUAUGAGCCUGUUUUUAAAGCCAUUCAACUGUUCCGAAGUGGAAAAAAGGGCGGUGAUGAUCUUUUUGACAAGCUUGACACGAGUAAGCUCAAUGCCCAUCUAAAGGAACUCAUGCCAGGCCUGACGGCAAAAGUAUUUCGUACAUAUAAUGCAUCUGUUACACUGGAGCAGCAAUUGACCAAGCUGACACAAGGUGGAGAGCUCGCUGAGAAAGUUGCGGUGUAUAAUUUGGCAAAUAAAGAGGUUGCAAUAAUUUGUAAUCACCAGCGUAGUGUUUCAAAGUCGCAUAGUGUACAAAUUUCAAAGUUGAAUGAGAAGAUAGAUGAAUUAAAGGCUCUUUUGGAAGAAUUCAAAGUAGAUUUGGCUCGGGCCAAAAAAGGGAAGCCUCCAUUGAAGGGCGCUGAUGGCAAGGCAAAGAGGAACUUGGCCCCUGAAGCAUUACAGAAAAAGAUGGAUCAAACGAAUGCGAAGAUUGAGAACAUAGAGAAGCAAAUAGAAACGAAAGAAGAGUUGAAAACUGUGGCUUUGGGCACAUCAAAAAUCAACUAUCUGGAUCCUAGGAUCACAGUGGCAUGGUGUAAGCGCCAUGAGGUUCCCAUUGAAAAGAUGUUCAACAAGUCUCUUCUAGCAAAGUUUGCCUGGGCGAUGGAUGUUGAACCAAGCUUCACAUUCUAAAGUUUUGGCGGCUGUGGUAGUAUAGGACAUAUCUUUAAAACGAGUCUCCCUCCUCUUAAUACCUGUUGUUCCAUCCCCCUUCCCCCCCUUCUGAAAAGAGAAUAGGAAAAAAAUUUCACUUAAAAAGAAGAAAAAAGAAGAAGAGAAGAGAUCUUAUCGUUGCCUGACAAUUUUUUAAUUUGUUGACUGGCCCCUGAGAAGUUCCUGUUGUAUUUAAGCAACUUUUGAAUUUAUGGGGUGAAUUUUCCCUUGUUGUCUCUCUUUCUGAUUUAGUUCCCAUUUGUGAACUAUUACAAGGUUCAGCUUUUGAUGCUC